ACCACACCACAACCACGACCAUCUUCCGAACACAACGAACACAAUCAUGGCGCCCUCAGCAACCUCCCCUCCACCAGCAGAAGAAGACCCCACCGUCCUCACCCUCCGUAAAACCCUAACCAGCGAAUCCUCCCCCCUCGCCCUCCGUUUCCGCGCCCUCUUCUCCCUCAAGCACCUCGCCUGCAACCCAUCCCUCCCCUGCCUCCCCGCCAUCCACGCCAUCGCUGCGGCCUUCACCUCUCCCUCCGCGCUGCUGAAACACGAACUAGCAUACUGCCUGGGCCAGACGAAGAAUCUUGCCGCGGUGCCGUAUCUGCGAGCGCUGUUGGAGGAUGUGCACGAGGAUGCGAUGUGUAGACAUGAGGCUGCGGAGGCGUUGGGUGCGAUUGGGGAUCUGGGCAGUCUUGGGGUACUAAGGGGGUUUAGGGAUAGGGAGGGGGAAGCGGUGGUUGUUAAGGAGACGUGCGAGAUUGCUGUUGCGAGGAUUGAGUGGGAGAAUUCGGAGGAGGGGAAGAGGGAGAAGUUGAGGCAGAGUGAUUUUGCUUCGAUUGAUCCUGCGCCGCCGAUGGAACUGUCGGAAUCGAUUGAGAGUUUGGAGAAGGCGUUGCUGGACACGAAGCUUCCAUUGUUCUUGAGAUACAGAGCUAUGUUUGGCCUUAGGGACCUGGCUUCUCCUCCUGAUCUUCCUACCGCUGUUCCUGCUGUCCUGGCCCUUGCCAAAGGCCUCACGGACCCGUCUGCUCUCUUUAGACACGAAAUUGCGUUUGUCUUCGGACAAUUAUCACAUCCCGCUUCGAUCCCAGCUCUAUCUGCGGCACUUGGUAAUUUGGAGGAGGCGAGUAUGGUUAGACACGAGGCUGCCGAGGCUCUGGGUAGUUUGGGCGAGGAGGAAGGUGUCGAGGAUAUCCUGAAGCAGUUUCUGAACGACAAUGAGCAAGUGGUGCGAGAUAGUGUGGUUGUGGCACUGGAUAUGGCGGAGUUUGAGAAGGGAGGCCAGACGGAAUAUGCGCUGAUUCCAGAGCCUACUGCAUAAAGUCGAGGAUUCGUGGGCAUCGUUGGUCGUUCUUAGAAUAAGUUGCUGGGUACAAAGUGCUUGGGCCCUGGAAUAGCAACAUAAAACCCUUCUCUCAACCAUUCAUCACACCAAAUUCUCUGGGCCACGUUGUGAAGAGUUGCUUUUCGUAUCCAGUGUCAAGUUUUCCACUCAGUUGUUUGUAUUCCACUUAUGGCCACAAUCACAGCUGUAGAAUAUGGUACUUCCUUCAUCCGCACUUCUCAACUGUACCGCGGUGUACCUGACCUCCUUCCUGCCGCAUUCUGGGCAUGUAACUUGGAUGACCGCCUCAUUCUUCAUAUCACUUCUCUCGACGGUCUGGAUAGCUGAUCGCUUUUGUCGUAGGACUGAGGGAAAGGAAGAGGCUUUGGUAGUCGUAGUGAUAGUCGUCGAGGCAGUAUCU